AUUAGCCUAAAUGAAAAAUUCAAAUGGAUACUUUAGAAAAUGACAAGCUAUCAACCUCCUUCAAUGGCUACACGAUACGAAUGUAUAUUGGGUCUCCAGAGAACACAGCAGGCUAUGUACACCAUGUUUGGCAAGAUGGUGAGGUGGCAGUUCUUGUACGUGAUGAGAAACGUAUUUUAAAAGUAGAAUUCUACCAUGCUCUACCUUUCACAAAAACUCCCCAGUUAAUAGCGCUUCCAUGGGAUUCUUCUCAUUUCGAGCUGCGAGUUAAUCAGACUGUUUACAAUAAGGGCCCAGUGCUUCUUUUGUCUGGCGAUAAGCUUCAGUUGUGUCUGCGGUAUGGAUGGUCGGACGAUUUAAUCUUUGAAAUCACAGCGGCAUCUUCCAGCGGGAGAUGUGGUUCUUCAGAUGGCUUAGAGGUGGCAAGCAAACCUGAAAACCCUCGAAACACAUCUUUACAUGGCGAUCCUAUUAGCAUGGAGGCUCAAAAGGCGGACUGCAAUGAGAGCGUCGCACCAUUAUCGGCUUUAUGGUGUCGUUGUCAAGGAACGUCGAUUCCUUUUUCAGCCCAAGAGUUUGUGAAAUGGAGCAAUUAUUACGCAUAUCGCUAUAAUAAUCUCUAUCGAAACAUGAAUGAUGCGUGUCCGUUGAUUCAUCAGGCAGAUAUAAUCGAAGCGUUGAGCGCUUCCACGCAUGAUUGUUUUCCGUGCGACUCGCACAGUAAUCGCUCCAUAGGUCUGAAGAAUCAUUAUUCGGAUGCCCCAUAUACCAAAGGGAACCUGAACACUUUUACAAUGACAGGAUGUGAAGUGGCUGAACGAACAAAUUUAUUAAGUACCGGUACACUUUUUGAACCGAGGCAGUUGCUAGAACGCGGUCAUCAUAUAUGUCUUCCCCUUGGCGAUGUUUCGACGGAGCACGGCUGUAGUUCACUGAAACCAGUUACAUCUGUUCCAUCGCCUUGGCAGAACUAUUUUAUGUCGCGUAUUGUUUAA